AGACUUAUUAAAAAUCGCCCGAAAGGGUUCAUCCAGCUCGAAUUGCUGUAGCUAGUGCGAAAGAAGCAGCCAGGAACACUUUGCAUCAACAUUGCAUAAUAAUGGCAGCAAUAUAUCCUGAGCGACAUAAAUUAAGUGCACUGACAGAUUAAUGAGCCAUUUCCGAUAUCUUAUCUAGCGCCCACAAACCCAAUAAUUUUCCUGUUCAUUCGCUGCCAUCCACUGUGGCUAUGCAGUCGAUGACCGGUCACUAUUACGCUGGUACAUCGACAGUUCUGUCGGAGUACAAUAAUGAAAUUUCAGUGUUUACCAACAUCUGAAUAUUGGCAACGGUAGCGUAGUAUGUUAUGCUGGCGUACUCGGUAGUCCGUACUGAGUGCGAUGGUUGUUGUUGUGAGCGUGAAUGCGUGAUGAUACUUGAAAUCACUAAUUAAUCUGGUCAUGCACCUAAUUUAUGGCACUUGGAAUGUAUUCUUAGACUGCCAUCGGUAUACAACGUUUCUUGUACAGUUCUCAACAUGACGACCGGAGAUCCUAGGACACAAUGGCUUGUCGAUGGCGCGAUCGGCGCCGGCAGCAAACUCAUCGAAGACCUAGCCUUAUUCAUUGCUACACAAACCGGGCGUCUGACAGUCAUCGCCAUUAAUAAAAUCCUGGACCGGAUCGACCCGGCAUCCAAGACAGUCCGCGGUGAUUUUCUAGAUUACUACCUCCUAUUCGAUGCCCGCGAUGAAAUUCUGGAAAUCCACCGGGAACUACAACGAACCACGACCGAACUGCAGCAGUCCAUACACGUCGGCAAUCAUCGGCUGAGCGUCCUGAUCCAGCAUCACGAUGUCGACUUGAAACUGCACACAAUAUCGCACUAUUUAACGGAAUUCCUGUCGUCCCACGGCGCGUUACGUGAUCACUACAAACAAGAAUUUUUAGAAGCGUGUCGCGGCUACGAUCCGAAAGGUUUAUUAAUCGGCUUGCACAAAAUGAUAACCACCACCGACGCUACCGGACAGUUUCUGAACGACCUUAUCGAAUGCUGCGAAUACGAGCCGUUUUUACAAUGGUGUGACAAGAUCGCGUUAAAUGCUUUCCGAGCGCAUCUAUGCGCAUUGCACCGGUUGCAUCUUAUUAUGCAAGAUGGAACCAUCAGCGACACGGUCUUCCAAGGCCAGCAUAAGACCAUGGAGGCUCAGCGCCGGGACAUUGCCAAAGCACUGAAAUCGGCGCAGAUUCAAUAUGCACGACGGGCAUUCGUCGGUAACGACCACCGCCCUUCGGAUCUGGUUACGUUGAUCGACAACUUCAUGAUCCGCUGUGAUUGUGCACCGAAAACGGCCAAUCAGCAAUUAGCCGAGACCCUGGGGGCGGAGCUGGCCCAGCGGUAUCCGUGGUUUGCCUGGGCGGUUGUUAUUGCGGAAGACAAUCCGCGGUGGCGGAAUUUCAUUUCCUAUUCGGAAGAUUUUCAGCAGAAUUUGUUCCUGAAGGAAUCGGUGCAUCAGCAGUUUAUGCCGAUUCUCGGGAAGAAGGCCGCCCCAGCGCCGGUGCAUCGGACGGUCUUAUCGGGGGAAAAUUACGGUAUCUUCACAUGUAAGCGUAAAUUCUAUGCAGGUGGGAAAUUGGCGCAUCGACGACGAUUGACGGUGUUCUGGAUAAAUCAUAAUGAUAUCAUCGAUGUGAAGUUGAGCGAAGACGAUAAGCGCGGCCUUGUUAACGUCAACAUCCGGAAAGUAGCUUCUGAUUUUAAUGUGCAGCAGAUAAAGGAACGGAAAUUAUGUCGAACGGAGGAGCAUAAUGUUAUCGAAGAGACGCUUUUCAAGAAUGGUUACCAGUAUAUCGCGUGCUUCGGUUUGCGCAAGGCACGAGAUAAGAACGAUACCGGCGUUUAUUUCACCAAUCAAAUCGAGACGUCAUCAUGGCCGUUAUACAUCCAGAAUGAAAAUGGACAUCUGCUGUUGUGGUUGACCAACGUGACACAGAAAGCAAUGGAUCGACAACGCCGGUUCGAUGAGCUGUGGCUCGCCGACGUCCUGGUGCGUGGACAACUGGACAUUGACGAACCGACCCGAAGAAAUCACCCGGUAUCCUGGCCGAGUAACAAUCCAGCGCGCUUGCUGAAGUUGGCAGCCGAAUCGAACGAGAACGGAAACCGGCUGCUUUCACGAGGGUACAUGGAAUCCGCGGUCAAAGAAUACGAGUAUGCCAAGUACCUUUUGGAUCACAGCAACGGAAAUUCAAAGAAGCGGACGAAACUAUUACGGCUGACUAACUGCAAUCUCGCCCAUGUGUACCUUCUGAUUAAGGAUGUGUAUAGCUCUAAGAAUGCGGCGGAUGCGGUGCUCCAGUUCGAAGCGGAUAAUCCCCGAGCUUUAAUGAGUCGGUUUUUGGCCAAUUUGGGAUUGACCAAUCUGGAUGAAGCGAAACGGGAUAUUGCUCGCUUGGCCACUAUUGCCCAGAACGAGCCAGAACCUGGCCGCGCGGCUCGCCCAAGUGGCGCAACUUCUCCGGUUUCUGAAGCUAUAUUCAACUUGGGCAAAGCUUUAUUGGUCCCCUCACAGUCGGAGCGCAUUGAGAGCGGUGUGCUGCUCAAAGUUAUCGAGUUAGCCACGCUGGCGCGUGGUGAUCCUCGAACACCGCGCGAAGAGGAUCCACGGAAAGACAAGAAAUUUUGGUCCAUGUUGCCGGAGAUUGUGUUUCAUAUUAUGAUUAAGGUGGACGAUGCCGCAGACGCGGAACCGGAUCGCAAAGAUACCGAGGAGGUGCUGGAUACGCUGUCGACGGUUGGUGGACUGAUACGGGAUGUUCUGGAACGACUCGUUAGUGAGCAAGACGAAACCUAUUCACGGCUGCUGGUAGGCUGGCUGGAUGCUGUGUUUCAAGCGGUUAACGACCUGAUUCGCAUGAAAAAAGAGUGGAUUUUCGUUGAACGGGAAACCGCGCAGGUGGCGCUGCAGAUAGUCAAACUGCUGAUUACUUCUCACGAAGUUUUCUUGAAAUCAGUCUAAGCGACAAUUCUACUGCCAGUCGUACUAUUUUUACCGUAGAACAUGAAAAACCUAAACGGUAUUUUGACCCGCAUACGGAAGUACCAUCUGUAAAUCAAGGGGAUUGAAACCCAAAAUAGCUGCUGUUGUUUAUGAAAUUAUUACCUAGCACAAUUCUGCGCAGGAUUACAUAAAUCUGCUCUUCCA